CAAUGGAGAGUUGUUAUUCUUAUUAAGAUUCUAAUAAUUAAGUGAGUUUGUGUAUUUUGUGAUUUUCGACUGGGCGAAACACAAAAAGACCUACUCUGAAUGAUAUAUACUAUUUUAUUUUCAAGCGGAUUCCAAAGGAACGGAGGAUAAUCUAAUUAUUAUUAAAUAGUUUGUGUAACUACUUUGUGAAAGAUUAAAUAUUUUGGACAAAACUUUUUUUUGAAAAUUAAAAAUUUACACAUUUUUAUACAAGUAUGUUACUUAAAUAUUCAAGUUGAAAUGAUGUUAGUUGACAAACGUAAUGUAAAAAUCAAUGCUACCAACAACAAAAUGUUUUAAUAAAUACUGAAAUUUGUUGAAAACAAAGCCACAAGCCAGAUGUUCUCGUCCCUUGUUCUCUUUCAGACAGACUUUGAACAAAAUGUCAUUAAAAUUAGUAAAACUUGUUUUCAAAUUUGGAAGUUUACUAGCACUUACACCUGCCAAGAUAGAACAAAAUGGCCUUGUGUUUCCAUCAAAAACAUAUGCACUACUCUGGAUAAUACUAUUCACUGCAGGAGUGUCAAUUUCCACUGUAUAUAGAAAAGUUUUUUAUGAAACAAUGACUUUGGUAGAACUUAUCCUUCAAGUAGCUACGGAUACCACUUUGUUUAUUGUAAAUAUUUUCACUAUUAUAACAACAGCAACGAAAAGGCGUGAGUGGCAAAAAUUCAUCAAAAUUUUGCAAACUCUUAAAAUGAACAAAGGGAAUGAAAAGAUAUUUUGGUUUUUACCUUUUCUAUUAACAAACAUUAUAUACGUUUUAAGCAAAAUUUAUGAAACUUAUGUUUGGAGUCAAUUCGUGGGUGUCGAAUUCUUUAUUAAAAUGUGUACAGUGGAGUAUUUUCAAUUUUAUGCUCAAUUUGUUGUUUACUACUUGAUUUAUGUAUUUUUGAAACUGAUACUGAACGCAGUUGAAAAUCUAUUCAAUGAUAUUGAUCUUUUGGAGGUGCAGUUUACUCGACUAAACAGUUUCACUUUGAAGGGAAUAAAAAGCGAUUUUUUUUCAUUGGCAGAAUGUAUAAAUAUUUUCAACAAUAUUUUUGGUUGGUUAAUAUUAUUUUUGAUACAAUUUUGUUUUAUCCAACAAUUGUCACAUUUACUCAGUUUGACUGUCCCUGUUGUGGCAGACAACACCGUCUCAGUUGUCAUAUUUAGAAUAUUAUAUGUUACCUGGCACAUGGCCGGUACAUUUACUGGUGUUUUCUUGUGUGAUCAGAUAGAACAAAAAGUUAAAAAUAUGCAGAUGGUAGCGCACAAAAUUGCAGCAAAUUGUGUGGAAGAAAAAGAAUAUGAAGAAAUAAAAAUGCUUGAAGAUCUCAUUAACCACAGUUUUCCCCACUUUACAGCAGCUGGAUUUUUCGAUUUAAAUCGAAAAACGAUUCUUGGUGUACUUAAUGCUCUCCUUACGUUUUUAAUUGUUGCGAUUCAAUUUGACAGCAUUUAAAGUGUAAAAUUAAGUCUAUUUGAAU